CAGACAGACUCAGACCACUCCAAUCCCCGCAAUUCUCUACAACCAACCUAAAACCAAAUCCCCCAUAUCUCUACACGACAGUCCCAACGAUGCCAGCGCCACGCUCCAGCCCCCGCCAAUCCAUCACCAGCGCCACCCUAACCAUCACUCACCCUCUAACCCCCGAAACCAUCCUCUCCCGCUACCACGCUCCGCGCCUCCAAACCCACAAAGUCCUCCGAGAAGCCGAGCAAGUUCGCGCAGAGGAGAACGGCUCGCUCUGGGUCUACCGGUUAGGAUAUAUGCUGUGGUUGUAUGUGCACGUCGCGAGGCACUCAUGGCCCGACAGCUUUGUGCGACAGGUACGCGUUUGGUGUCCAGGCUGCCAAACUUGCCUUCCGACGGAGUGUCUGGAGUAUGUUAUGCGGAGGGUGCUGGUUUGGGCGAUUGUGGAGAUUUAUGUGGGGUAUCGGAGGAAGGAGGAGGAGAAGGGGAGACGGGAGGUCUGGGCGAGGGAGAUUAAGAGGAAGGCUGUGAAGGGUGUGAGGGAUGGGGGAGCGCAGAUAGAGUAGGUGGGGGUGGCGGAUGGCAGAGCAGGUCUCCGCUGCUGCGAGAAGGCUGUGGGUCUAUGGGAGCAUUGUGCAAGAAUGAAAGACCCCAGAACGGUUC